AUGGAUGACGAAGAUCAAAUAAUGCAUCCAGUUGAUGCUGAAUUGCUUAGUUCGGAAGAAGAAUUUAAUUAUCCAUCCGAUGAUCCGCAACCAUCAACUUCAUUUUUUACCACACCUAAUUUAUUGUUAAAUUCCUGUCGACAUCGUGAUUUAUUCCUGCAACAGUUUGCUUCAUCACAAAUUCCACUUGUAACCGGAACUGAAAUACCAAUAGAUUCGCAAUAUUCGGAAACAACCACAUCAUUACCAAUACAAUCAUUAUCAAUAACAUCUCAUUUGGUACCAGAAUUAUUAAAUUCAUUAGCAUGGGAUCAAUGGUUAUCCACUUUGGCUACAUCAUUAACACCAGCGCAAUGGCAACUAUAUUGGAUGAAUUAUUUAACACUAUAUGGUACCAUAGGCUUACCACAACAUCUUGUCAAUUUUUUUGCUACCGCUGCUACUUCAAAUUUUUCUUCUCCUAAUUUAUUAUCAUCGUUGCAAACCAAUGCUACUAAUUGGAUGCUUUUUCGACAACAAUUUCAUGGUAUGACCUUUCUAUUUUUAUUAGCUUUUUUUUUUUGUUUAAAAAUUAGUUUGUUUUUGUUUUAA